AUGGCUCCCAAGCUUCCUCCACUGCUUCUCUGCCUUCUCUUCCUCAAGGAGGCCACAUCCUUCUAUCUCCCUGGCGUUUCCCCCUCAUCGUACUCCCGAGGGGACCAACUCGAAGUCAAUGUCAACAGUCUCACACCUUCAAUAUCGCGGCACGAUGAGCAAAUCCACGCCGUGGUUGCCUAUGACUAUUACUACGAAGCUUUCCACUUUUGCCGACCUGCUGGAGGACCUGAGCCCAGAAGAGAGUCGCUAGGCAGUAUCAUAUUCGGCGACCGCAUCCAGAGCUCGCCCUUCCAGUUGUGGAUGGGAUUGAAUCAGACAUGCAAGAUCGCAUGUCAGGGCGAGACAUUCGACGAGAGGUCAACUACCUUCGUCAACAAAAGGAUCGAGGAGGCAUAUAACGUCAACUUUUUUGUCGAUGGACUUCCGGCGGCCGAGCUACGAGAAGAUCCCCUUACCCACGAACGGUUCGCCAGUCCCGGGUUUCCGCUGGGCAAGGUCCAAGAGGAUGGAACAAAGAUUCUACACAACCACUGGGAUAUUAUCAUCGACUACCAUAUGGCCGGACUCCGUGGGCUCAAAUACCGCGUGGUCGGCGUCCUGGUUCAGCCACAAUCAUACGCCGACUCUCGCCUGUCGGAAGACGGAAAGGAAAGUUGCGCUUUCAAUUCCGGCCCUGUUGUCCUAAAGGAAGGCGGAGGAACACAAGUUACCUAUACAUACAGCGUUUACUGGCGCCCUUCACAGACGGCUUGGGCUACGCGCUGGGACAAGUUGCUUCACAUCGUCGAUCCCAAAAUCCACUGGUUCUCUCUCAUCAACUCAGCCAUCUUUGUUGUCUUCCUCAUCGGUAUGGUCAGCACGGUGCUGGUCCGGGCGCUUCGCAAGGACAUUGCCAGAUAUAACCGACUGGAUAACAUCAACUUGGACGACCUCUCAGGGACCUCUGCUGUUGAUGAAGAUGUCCAAGAAGACUCGGGCUGGAAGCUGGUGCACGGCGACGUCUUCAGACCACCUCGUUAUGCGCUGUUAUUGAGCGUGUUGCUUGGAAAUGGCGCUCAGCUGUUUGUCAUGACGGCUUUGACAGUCGCCUUCGCCAUGCUAGGGUUUCUGUCACCUUCCAACCGGGGUUGGCUCACGUCCAUCGGUCUUCUGCUCUAUACCAUCUUUGGGUGCAUUGGCGGCUAUGUGUCGGCGCGAGCAUAUAAGAGCUUUGGUGGCGAGAAAUGGAAACUCAACAUUGCACUGACUCCUGUUUUUGUCCCCGGCAUUGUAUUUGGGACAUUUUUUCUACUCAACCUUUUCGUCUGGGCGAAAGGAGCAAGUGGCGCAGUGCCGUUCACGACAAUGCUGGCCAUCAUCGGCAUAUGGUUCCUCAUCAGCGUGCCGUUGAGUGUAGCUGGAUCAUGGUACGGAUUCAAAUCUCCGGCGAUCGAGUCACCGACCAGAGUCAACCAGAUUCCGCGACAAAUUCCGCCUGUGGCACGCUCGUUGCGUCUGAUACCCUCCCUUUUGCUCACGGGCAUUCUGCCAUUCUGCGCCAUCUUUGUGGAAUUGUACUUUAUCAUGACAUCACUGUGGACGAGUAAGAUCUACUACAUGUUUGGAUUUUUGUUCAUCUGCUAUGCGUUGAUGGUGAUGACUUGCGCUUGCACCACCAUCCUGCUGGUGUAUUUCUUGCUCUGCGCUGAAGAUUAUCGCUGGCAGUGGAGGGCCUUCUUUGGCGCAGGGAUGACUGGUGGCUACGUGUUUCUGAACGCAUUGGGAUUCUGGGCGACGAGAGUCACCUUUGGAGGACUCACUGGAGCGGUCCUCUAUGUGGGCUACUCAGGCCUCCUCAGUUUCUUGGUUGCAGUGCUCACAGGCACGAUCGGAUUUUUGUCGUCAUAUGUUUUCGUCCACCGCAUCUACGGGUCGAUCAAGGUAGACUGA